AUGUCUCGACACCCCCUGAACACAAGUGCAAAACAUUGUCAAGGCGAGUUAGCAGAAGAGUACAUCACCUUCAUUGCACAGCACACUACUCCAAAGUCCAUCAGCCUGGAAGAAAUUAAACAGCAAACAAAAGAUGACCAUCUUGAUGAUCAACCGUCAGAUGAAGAAGAGGAUGAGAUGGUAAGAAACGAACAGGAUCAAGAAAACGAAGAGGAUGAAAGAAGGUACCCUGCAAGGGAUAGACAACAAACAAACUUUUAUCAUGAUCCGGACUCGGCAAUUCUCAGUCAUUAACUUAUUAACUGGUAAAUAGGGUCCAGGUACUAUUAAAACAAAUUUUGAGUUAUAGUUUUGCAUGUUCUGAAGUUAGAAAGUAUUAAAUGUGAAGGUAGGGAGGAGUGUGAUGAUGACGUUAACGUCACAUACCGUAUAUAGACAACAAUGCUUUGCGAGGACAUAAGCUAGACAGCAUGGCGAACAGUGCAUGGCGAGCUUGAUAUUAUUGUAUUUGAAAAACAACUUAUAGUUAAUAAAGCUUGGAUAUUACAUCAUUGACAUUUUUAAAAAGUCUUUGAAGACAUUUUUAUUUGAGAAAGCUUUUGCUUGAAGUUUAGAUCAUAGAUUACGUUGAUAUAUAUUAUAGAUUAGUAUUUUUAGAAUAUGUAUAUAAUGUUGUUCUUUUAAUUCUUGUAAUGAUCAUUUGAAAAUGUACUUCCAUUGAUUUAUGCGCAAUAUAAAUUUUAUAGUAAUAAUAACAACUGCCUAUUCAUAGAAUCACAUGUACAGUAUUUUUAGAUAUACAUUUUAUUAAUCACUUUAGAGAGGGUUAUUAAAAGAUGAAAAGAUAAAGCUCCCUUACAAUGCUAACAUAAGGAAUCCUUCCACUUCAUGCUCAUCCAACAGUGAGAAACUCAACUUAUCUGAUAGUGUUGGUCGGAAACGGAGAAAAUUGAUGUUGGAACAUGCGGAGGAAAUGAAUUCUAGACCUGCAGAAGAUGCAAACCAUAGAAAAAAGUGUGCACUAGAUGGUAUGUGGAGCACUUUAGUCAAUUCCGCUAAUGUGCAUGACAUAAAGGCAUACAUGGAAAAGUCACCAAAGGUUAUGACAGAAAUAAUUCCCUCAAUUGUGAACAAUGUGGUUAGAAAAUAUGAGCACAGUCAGACUAACCUGGUCUGAUCAGCUGGUGUUUUAUAUGAAGGAGGUAUAAGUAGUAAGAAACAAUAUAACUGAAAGCACAGUCAAGAAAUCUUUGAAGUUGACAAGCAUGGUAAGAAGCACCAGACAACCUUCAUGCACCCAAGUUGAUGGAUUACAAACGGGUAAUGCAGUUUGUCGAAUCUGUAUAUCAUCGCCAGAAAUCGCGGACAUUGAACUGGGGGAUAUCGGUUUGCAUUGUUGUCCCUUAUUAUCCUCCGCUAUACCUUUUAUUCACUCUUCGAAAAUUCAAAAUGGCGUCUCGUCGAAAGAGUGUUCCAGUAUUAAAUUAUAACGAAUUAAACAAUUUAUCUUCUGAAAUUAUUUUUAAAACUGGAAGGAAACCCAAAGGAAAGUUCUUUUCUGUGGAAAGAAUAAUUUCUCGGAGAAAGGUUGCGCAUGUAAGUUAAUUUUUGGAAGUUUAAUGCAGUUAUUGAUUUUGUCACUCAUUUUGGAUUACAUCUGAAAUAUAUAAAUGAAUUUAUUGAAUUGUAAUUUUAUAAUAAUUAAACCCUUGCUUCGUUUAUAAUUUAGAGUUGGGAAUAUUUGGUGAAAUGGACUGGAUGGCCACUUGAAACAUGCAACUGGGAGCCCUUUGAUCAUUUAACUCCAACACUUUUAAGGUAUUAAAGGCACUUUAUACACUAUUUCUUUAAAUUGUUGUAAUUCGUCCUGUCUAAAGACCGAUAACGGCUAAAGGCUUUUUGUCGAACUUUUUACUCAGGAACAUGCACAGUUUCUUACCCUUUCUAUCUGUCUCCAAAGUGCGUUUUGUGUAAAGUCAACUGCAAAUUUAUGUUUUUACAGGAGCUAUGAUCAUCCUCCAAAACCAGAUCGAACAAAAAAGAAUAGAGCAGAGCAGCAGGAAUUUCUUUGAAGCAAUUUCAAAAUGCCUGAAAUCUAAGUCAGUUCUAUCGACAGAUGCUAAUAUUGAUUUGGAUGUUCAAAGGUGGAUGUGGCAAGGAAAAGGAAUUGCAUCAGAGCAUAAAGGCUACAAAUUGUAUAAUUUACAUGAUUUCUGCAAUUUGGAUUUACCAGAGACAUGGUGGUAUUACCUCGACCAUCACGGAGAAGGAAAAGCCUUAAAUUUUCCUAUUAAAAUGAAAUCUAUAUUAUCUUGGACUCCAAAACGUUUCAUUUUUGAGGAUGGACAGUUGAAGCAGGCAAAGAGACUUCCUAUUAUAAGGGUUAAGAUUAAUUUUUGCAAACGAGCAUGUAAUGUUGAAACUUUGUGA